UUUAAACUAGAAAAUUUGGUACGAUCCCGGUGUCUUCUUAAGGUUGUAAAAUUGUCUCUUUAAUUUAACAUAUUGUCUAUGCAUGUAUCAUCUGUCAGGUAUAAAAUAGUGAAGGACAUUUGCGCAGCUCUGGUUCACCUCCACCAUGAAAGACGUCAAUUCGUCCUUCACAGAAAUAUCAAACCAAACAACAUACUCCUAGACAAAGAGUUCAACGCCAAGCUAGCAGACUUCGGGCUGUCCAGAACUGCUGACAAGGUAGGCAAGGCCAGAUACAUGGAUCCAGAAUGCAGAAAGACGGGAAAGUUCAAGCGCAGCUCGGAUGUCUACAGCUUUGGGAUUGUUUUGCUAGAGAUUGCGUGCAAGAAGGAUGAAAAUAGCUAUGCGAAAGUGUGGAGCCGGUAUCUGGACAAGUCUCUGAUGCAGGUAGCUGAUGACAGGUUAAGAGGUGAGUUUGAUGAGAGGCAGAUGGAGCGUGUCAUCGUCUUGGGGUUAUGGUGUUGUCAGCCCAAUAUUGACAAGCGGCCUACCAUGCAGCAAGCAAUGGAUUUCCUGGAGAGUGAUGGGCCAUUGCCUGAAUUGGCUGAACCGGGGACCUCCUCAAGUAAAAUUGGUAACUAA